AUGCAAUUAUUUGUCAAGACACUCACUGGAAGAACUAUCACUUUGGAGGUUGAAUCUAAUGAUUCAAUUGAAAAUGUGAAAAGAAAAGUACAAGAUAAGGAAGGAAUUUCACCAGAUCAACAAAGAUUAAGAGGAGGAAUGCAACUUUUUGUAAAAACCUUAACUGGAAAGACAAUCACUAUUGAAAUGGAAUCGAAUGAUACUAUAUUUGAUAAGGAAGGUAUUCCUUCAGAUCAACAACGAUUGAUUUAUGCCGGUAAGCAAUUGGAAGAUGGAAGAACUAUUGGUGAUUACAAUCUUCAAAAGGAUGCAACUGUGCAUUUAGUUUUGAGAUUGAGGGGUGGUUAA